GACACCAGCAAUCCUUUCCAUGUUUUUUCUCAAGGCUUGGUGAUUUGCAAUCAUGUUUUGCGAACAUCUGAACAGUCGCCAGAUCUUGCUGGGUAUCUAUGGAAAGACUAUCACAAGUUUUCCAAGGCGACAGCAAUGGUGUGCGCUGAAACACGAGAGGAAUUCACUUACGAACAAAUCAGGCACUUGUCACUUGCUUUCGGGGUGGGUCUCAAAAACUUGUCGAUCUUGAAUAAAAGAGGCGACAUCUUGGCGAUAAUUUGCCCCAACAUGCCAUCGUUUGCCAUCUGUUUUUAUGGAGCGGUGUUCAUUCAUGGAGUUCCUGCGUUGAUCAAUCCAAAAGUCCGACGUAACAUCGAGUCGACUCCCCUGAUGAAAGAUUUGCAACCAAAUGGACCAAGAAGUCCAAAACUUUUGUCUCUUCGCGAAGUCAUAUGCAACUCAUCCAAAGAUGGUCUUGGAAUUCUUUCUGGGGCGCCAUUCAGGCCAGAUGACAUUGCAAUUGUGCAGUGCCUGAGAAAGGCAAAUGGCAAAGAAAUGGCAGUUGCUUUAUCGCAUGGUAAUAUCGUUGGAACUCUGAAUCAGCUUCAUGUGCCGUAUUUGAGCAAAGCUGAGAAGGCCCAUAUCAUCAGAGAAGGACACAANCCAACAAUCUUCCCUUUGACAGUGGAGAUGUUGCACUUCAUGGACAGCCAUCCACGUUAUGGUGUGACAGAAGCAUCAGGUUUCACCCACAUGGUUCCUGUACAUGAGCACAAAAAACUUGGGUCUGUUGGAGGCCCUUUGGCAGGGACAACAGCAGCUACAGUGGAUAUGAAUUCUAGAAGAUGGACUGAGCCCUUCAAAGAUGGCGAAAUCUUAGUCCGGGGUCCACAAACAAUGCAGUUGUUCUGGGACCCAGACCAGCCAGAACUUCAGACACCUUCCCCUUGCGAAUCUGACAAGGAUCCUCUGGCUCAGCAUCGCUUUCCAGACUCGUUUCAUCAUCGGGCAAAAUAUGCGGAUCUAGAAAUCCCCUCGGAAUGUCACAUCAUGGCAGUCAAAGUUCAAGGCAACACAUCCCUCACUACCGGCCUGCAAAGUUGCGAGCAGUCCCUGGACAAAAUUCAG